GUUUAAAACCCUAAUUUUUGUACACAGGUGGCUUACCUUAAACCCAUUAUCCGAUUUUGAUUUGACGGACGAUAAAAUCGGAAGGAGGAAGAAGGAUGGUUUGGUUUCAAUGCGAGGACUGUGGAGCGAGUCUGAAGAAGCCAAAGCUCCCGCCUCACUUCAAGACGUGCCGUGCCUCAAGGUUAUCGUGCAUCGACUGUGGAGAAACGUUUGGGCAAGAUAGCGUACAAGGACAUAACCAGUGCAUUACCGAAGCUGAGAAGUAUGGUCCAAAAGGUCAGUCAAAGGGCACACCUGCAAAGCCAAAGGACGGCUCGAAGCAACAGCCUGACUUUGAUAUUAAGGUUGGCUUAUCCAAUCGGUAUCCAUGGUUUUGUAGCUUAUGUAACACAAGUGCUACUAGCCAGCAGACUUUGCUUGCCCAUGCUGAAGGGAAGAAACACCGAGGAAAAGCAAAAAGCUUCCAUGCUAAACAACAGGGAUCUGCAAACCCUGUGGUGGUGGAUGCUACAGAGAAUGCUUCUAAUGGUUUUACGGAAGAGAAGAAAGAGGAUUCAGUUGUCUUGCAUGUUGAGAAAAAGAGAAAGCUUGACGACACUUUAGUUGAUACGGAGAACAAGGGAGAGGUAGUUCAAACUGAAGGAAAAGGAAAUGAAGUGAAGAAAGCGAAGAAGCAGCAGGAUCAUGAGAAGAAAAUCAAUUGGAAGAAGUUGAUCACAUCAGCUUUGAAAUCUAAGGAAGAUAAAACUUUGAAGAUGAAGAAACUGAAGAAGCUCGUUCUGGAAUCUCUUGUGGAUUCAGGCAUUACUCGAGACAAAUCCGACGUUAGUGAGGAAAUAGAGCUAAAGGUGAACUCGAGCUCCAGAUUCACAGUUUAUGGCAAGUACGUGAAACUUGUGGCUAAAGAUUGAAUCCCAUUCUUGAGGCAAGCAA